AUGUCGGAGCUCGCGGCCGUGAGCUCCCUACUACUGCGCGUCAUCCGCGACGAGGCGCUACUUCUAGGCGGCGUACGGAGGGACGUGCAGUUCAUCUGGGAGGAGAUGGAGAGCAUGCAGGGCUUCCUGUCGCACCUGGAAAGGACGGUGCCUACCGCCGGCGAGUACAACGAGCAGAUCAUCCCGUGGAAGAACCAGGUCCGGCAGCUCGCAGAGGACUGCAACUACUGCAUCGACAUCUACAUGUCCCGCGGCAACCCCGAGAUUCAUCAUGCCAGGGGCGGCCUCCUAAGCUAUGUCUGGUGGCUUCCCUGGUUCGUGCAAAAGAUGGCCGCCCAGCAUCGCGCGGCCAUCCAGCUGCGGGAACUCAAGGACCGGGCGCGUGACAUUGGCGAUCGCCGAUUGAGGUAUGCCGCUGAGAUGCCAGCAAAGGGGGUCACAUUGUCAUCAUCAGCCCAUGCGGCCACAACAUCUGUUGCUUACGAAGACAGUGAAGAAGACGAUGACGAUCAAGGCGUGGAGGUAACGACAAUGGCCGAUUCAAGAUGGGCGUUAUUGCAGUCUAGUACACCAGAAGACAACAUUAGGGUGCAGCUAGCGAAAUGGAUGAUAGAGGAUGUCGCGCGACGAGACACUUCAAAGGAGAAAUUAAUACCAUCCAUCGCCAUUGUGGCACCAGAUAAGAAAGAAGCCCUCGCUGUUGCAAAGGAAGCUUCGGCUAUGUGGGGAAAAGGUUACACACGCAGGCGCAGUGUCUUGGUCGACAUCCCAGCAGUGCACAAUUAUUCUGAGUUGCUACGAACCGAGGAUAUUCUCUACUACAUCCUGCGUGUGCUGCGGCCCACCGAAUCCAAUCCAGAAAAACAGGAUGAUCAAUUCGGCCUCCUUGAGGAUCUGCAUUCUGACAAAAUGGAAGUCUCUAUUUACUCAGAAAAAUACACGCUGUUUGAUGAAAUAGACAAAAAUAUUCAUGCAAUGAAGGUUGACAACAAGAUUGCAGGAAUCAUGAAAACUAUUGAACAAAGGAAGCACGUCCUGCUGCUGCUCCACCCCAAUGGAGAGAAUAUGGACGUGUUGGAAUCCUGUAAAGAUGAGCCCAUAGGGGUAUUCCUCCGAGCGUUGUGGAUGCUCAAGAACAAACCAUAUGUAUUUGAGUUUGAGUGUAGUACCACACAAAGCCAUGCAAGGAAGUUAACCACACAUUCGCAGGAAGAUAUUAUCAAGAAAACAGCCAACAUGCUUGAACAGCAUAUGAAACUGAAAGAAGCACAUGCAGAAUCGAUGCUUGAACAGCAUAUGAAACUGAAAGAAGCACAUGCAGAAUCGAUUUGUCUCACGAAAACCCAUUAUGAGCAAAUCCUACGGGAGGUGUUUUACCCUUUGAGCUUCCAAGAGUCCAGCCAAGCCACUGCAACUAGAUAUGAUGAUCAAAACAGACAAAUGUUUGGCAAGACACUACAGGAGCUGCAGGAAAAUAAAUCUGACAUUAAACUAGCAAAAGCAGAGCUGGAAGACAAGUCCAUGAAGAAAAACGAUACAGCUGCUAGGAAAUCAAACCCGGAUGCCCUUAUUGAAGAAACCAUGAUCAAGAUUCAACAAAUGCAUUCGAAGAUGAAACACAAGCUCAAGAUCAAAAGAAUCAUGGACAAAAUUAAUGACUAUUUGAAGAGACAAGGUUGUCAGGAUCAGAUACUGGUUAUCCUCAAACUUGAUGAUGACUAUGUAUCCAGAUGGGAGGAGACCAGGAAUGAUUUCAGCUUGUUGGGUGGCAUAGCCGGUGCACUGAUGCUGACAUUUGAGGUAAACAGAGCAGAAGCUAGACAGUAUUGUUGGCCGCGGCGGGAACCUAUAGAUUAUUCUCUUCUCGGCCUCUACCGUGAUACUGCACUCGAGCUUACAAAAAUGGAGAUGGCUGAAGAUAGCUGGCAGAUUCUUCAUGACAUCUUGGACAACUGCAAGUCAAAUGAAUUCUGCAUGAAGAUCUUUGUUCAUGCUUUAUAUGCCAACCCCAAGAGGAGCAGUGAAGAACUAUGCAAGUUGUGCAAAGCCCUGCAGCAGGUUUCAGAUAACUCAAUGAACAACAUUGCUAAGAAGAUGUUAAAGUUCUCUUAUAGUGAUUUGCCUAAGGAUUACAAGUUAUGCUUGAUGUACCUAGCAAUUUUCCCUCGACGACAACCCAUCAGGCGGUCUACCUUGAUAGGACGAUGGGUCGUUGAAGGGCUAGUAACCAAGGAAGACUGGGAAAGUACUGUGCGUCAUGCCAAUCAAUGUUUUGACGUGCUUGUCACCCGUUGGCUUGUUUAUCCUGCUGAUACUAGUUCUAUGGGACAGGUAAAGAGUUGUGUGAUAGGUGAUCAAGUCCAUGGAUUCAUUACUAAGAUCGCCAGAAAACAUGGCAUUUUAGGAAAACGCCUGUCACAUCACUUGGCUCGCUACUUCUCCAUUUUCAACCAUCUCCGCCUCUGUAGCUCUGAUAGGAUUGACAAAUUCUUCUCAAAGCUCUUUGAAGAAUCAUCGCGAGUAUCCCUGAUAAAAGUGUUAGAUCUAGAAGGUUGUCAAUGCUUUGGUGGGAAGAACCAACACUACCUCAAGGACAUCUGCAGCAAGAUGUUACUGCUGAAGUAUCUAAGCCUAAGGGGGACAAAUCUUACCAAGCUGCCAAGUGAAAUCAACAACCUCCGUGAGUUGGAAGUAUUGGAUAUCCGACAGACAAGGGUGCCUGCAGCUGCAACAGUACAUGUCAUACUCUUGAAGUUGAAGCGUUUGCUGGCUGGCUCGGUUGUUAUGAGUUCAGGGCCAAGCAAUAAUGAAGUAUCUUACGUUAUGGUUCCUGACAAGAUCGAAAAGAUGACAAAUAUGGAGGUAAUGUCCAAUGUCAAGGCACGAAAUAGUAAUGAUUUGAAGGAUAUUGGCAAGCUAUGGCGGUUGAGGAAGCUUGGUGUGGUUAUUGAGCAGAAGGACAAACUCAUCAGGAAUUUGCUUCAAACUAUCUGUGACCUGCAUGAGUGCCUCCGCUCUCUGUCAAUCACUCUUCCCAUAACUGCAGAAGACUCUUCUGAAGAUAAUUCUCCCAAGCUUCUUUCCUUUGAGGGACAGUGUCCCAAGAUUCUGGAGAGCCUAAGCAUUCGCGGAACCGCAGAAACGGGUCAACUUUUUCAGUUGUUGACCAAAGAUGGUGACCAACUUCAACUUGCCAAGGUAACUCUAUCUGGUACUCGACUAAGGCAGGCUGAUCUGGAGAUCCUCGCCAAGCUGCCCAAAUUAGUCUGUCUCAGGCUCCAAGACAGGGCAUACAUCGAUGACAAGCUCAGUUUCAACAAGGAGAAAUUUAAGGGUCUCAAGUGCUUUCUUAUUGAGGGUUCCGAGAUAACUGUCCUUAGCUUCAAUGGUGGAGCUCCUAAACUCGAGAAGAUCAUUCUGUCGUCCACUGAUGGCCUACAGUCUCUUUCUAGAGUCGAAGACCUUCAUGAACUGAAGGAAGUCGAGUUGAAGAACAGCAAUAAGCUAUCAUUAUCAUUAUUUGAAAAGGCGAAAAACAUCUCCAAGGUGACUCUCUGUCGUACCAUUCUUUGUCAAGAUGAGGUGGAGAUUCUUGCCAAGAUGCCUAACAUGCGCAGCCUAGUACUCAAGGAGAUAUCUUAUGCACAGAGCCUGCUCAUCUUCUACAAAGACGACUUCCCAAGGCUCAACCUUCUAACCAUCGACUUUUCUGUCAUCACCUGUAUUGGCUUUACUACCCAAUCUGCUACUAAGCUUGAGAAAAUCAUAUGGUCCUACAGAAAGGGUACACUACUCUCCGGCAUUGACGAGCUUCCAAAACUGAAGGAGCUCGAGUUCAAUGGUGAUUUUGUCCCCGAUGAGGUGAUAGAUGCAUUGAAGAAACACAAGAACAAUCCCAAGCUUAUACACAACAAACCAGAAAACCAGGAAGCGGGAAACAUACCAGAAAAGAAAGAUGCUCCAAGAUUCCCAUUAUUCUGGAAGAAAGAGGAUUGACGCUGCAGGUGCCCUUCCUAUCAUCCGUUCAUCAUCAUCGGCUCCCAUCCCAUCGUG